AUGUUUCAACAAAUGCAAUCAAUGGCUCAAAAACAGCUUGACGAAUUUCGAGCCGAAAUACAAAGACGAGACCAAGAAAUAUUGGCAAUGAGUGCAAAAAUGAAAACAUUAGAAGAACAACACCAGGAUUAUCAAAGACAUAUCGCAGUUUUAAAGGAAAGCCUUUGCGCCAAAGAAGAACAUUAUAACAUGAUGCAAGCCGAUGUAGAAGAACUACGAAAUCGUUUGGAAGAAAAAAAUCGUGCAAUUGAAAAAAAAACAUUAACUGCAACACAAGCAAUUGCUGAAAAAAACAGAUUAAAUACAGAAUUAAACGAAUUGCGUGAUCACAUGGAUAUAAAAGAUAGAAAAAUUAACAUAGAAAACCUUGAAGACUUGCUGAAAGAAAAAGACAAUCAAGUGGAUAUGGCAAGAGCAAGAUUGAAUGCCAUGCAAGCAAGUCAUUGUUCUUCCGAAGGAGCGUUAACUAGUCUGGAAGAAGCUAUUGGGGACAAAGAGAAGCAAAUGAAUCAAUUGCGCGAGCAAAGAGAUAGAGCUGAGCAGGAAAAACAGGAGGAAAGGGAACUUCACGAACGAGAAAUAGCCGAGUAUAAAAUGAAACUUCACGCGUUGGAAAAUGAAGUAGAAAAACUUGGAGCGAGAUUGGAAAGAGCGCAAGCUGAAAAAGAUAGAUUAGAAGCCAAGUUAGAAAGUUCUCAAUCCGAAUUGGGUAAAUCAAAAGCCGAAUUGGAUAAAGCGACGAGCGAAGUUGGGAAAAGUGGUGCCGAUUGGGAAGCUGCAAAACAAAAAUUAGCUCGACUAGAACUUGAAAAUGAAAGGUUAAAACACGAUUUAGAAAGAUCGCAAACCACUUUUGGAAGAAGCACUUUGUCAACCUCUCAAGAAUUAGAUAGAGUUCAAGAAAAAGCAGAAAAAAUGGCCGCAGAGUUAAGGAGAGCUCAAGCGGAAUUGAGGGUCGUGCAAGCAGAUAACGAAAGAGCAUAUUCGGAAACGGCUACUCUCCAAGAGAAAUUAGAAAAGUCACAGGGUGAAGUCUACAGAUUAAAAGCUCGUUUGGAAAAUGCUCAAGCCGAGCGAGAGAGUCUUCGAGAGGAAUACGAUCGAUCUCAAGGUACAAUAACACGCCUUCAUUCUGAAAGAGAUAAAGCUUGUGCUGAUUUAGAAAAGUUAAAAGAAGAGUUAGAAAGAACUCAGGGCACUUUAUUAAAAUCUCAAUCGCAACAAGAAAAACUUCAAAAUGCAUUGGAUAAAGCCCAAACGGAAAUUGACAAACUUCAAGAAAAAUUAGAUAAAACCUCUAGUGAAGUCAGAAGAUUACAAGUGGAAAAAGAAAAACAACUUUACGAUUUCGAUAAUACUCAAUCGCAACUCGAUAAAGCUCUUGGCCAAGCAACAAGACUACAAAAAGAGCGGGAAAACGUACAAAUAGAACUUGAAAGAGCCAGAGACAAAUUUGAAAAAACUCAGAUAUUAAUGGUUAGAUUGCAAAAAGAAAGAGAUGGAUUCCAAGAACAGGUUGAAAAACUACAAGAAAGAGUUGAAUUCCAACAAAGUCAAGGAGCGAAAAACCAAAGAGAAAAAGAAAAUCUUCAAAGGGAAUUGGAAUCACUUAGAGAAAAAUGGGAAAAGGCUCAAAGUUUGCAACAAAGGCUUCAAAUUGAAAAAGAAGAUGCUAUUACGGAAAUUGGAAUAUUAAAAGAUAGAUUGGAAAAACAGCAAAGUACUUUAGAGAGAGCUAUCGAAGAUAAAGAAACAGUUAUUAAAGAAAAUGAAAGGCUUCUUGAAAAAAUUGACAGAUUGCAAGGAGAUAUAUAUAAAAUGCAAACCAAACUGGAAGCAGAAGAAUCAGAAAAGGAUAGAUUAGAAUUAGAAGCUGAAAAAUCUCAAUUAUUAGCUGCAAAAGCUAGAGAAGAACAUCGUAAAGUUCUUGACGAAGUUCAAAGGUUACAAGAAUUAUGCGAUCGAACAAGUUUGCAACUUUCUAGAACAAAAGAAAACGAAGAAAAAUAUAAAGAAAAUAUAGAUAAAAUGCAUGUUGAUUUAGAUAUGGUUAGAGAACGAUACGAAAAAACACAAAUAGAAAUGAGGAGGAUUCAAAAUGAAAAAGAAAAAUUACAAGGAGAAAAUGAAAGAUUAAUUUUUGAACUGGGAAGAGCACAUUCACAAAGUGGCAAAGCACAAGCAAAUAAUGAAAAAUGCCAGGAAGAAUUGGCGAGGCUACAAAUUGAAUUGGAAAAAAUGUACGAUAAACACGAUAAAGCUCAAUUAGAGCUUAGAAAAGCUCAAACUGAACUGGAAAGGUACAAAACCGAUGCGGAAGGUCUAAAAGAAGAAUCGGAAAGAUAUGCACUGAGAAUGAACAAAUAUCAAGAAAUAAAAGAAAAUUACGAAAGGCAAAAGAUAGAAAUCGAUAGAUUAAAGGAAAAAUUAGAAAAGUCGUUGUUAGAAAAUGAAAAAAAUAGAAAAUUAGAGCAAGAAGUACUGAGACUUAAAAACGAAUUAGAAAAAUUAGAAUCGACCAGAGGAAAAUAUCAAUACGAACAAGAAAAAAGCUCGACUGAAGCCGGGCGUCUUUAUCAGGAAAACAAAAAACUUCAGGAAAAACUUGAAUUAUCUCAACAAGAAUACCAAAAACUUCUUUUGACUAAUGAAAAACUUGAAGAACGAUUACACGAAGUUCAGUUACAACUUGAUCUAAGUCACGGAGAAAUAGUCAAACUUUCUGGAGGACAAGAAAGACAAUAUGGAGAAAUGGACCGGCUACUCAUUGAAAACGACAAGUUGAAAGACAGAUACGAAAAACUUCAAGUGAAAAUUGAAAUUUUGGAACAAGAAAACUCAAAAUUAAGAGUCGAAUCUACUUCGUUAGAAAAGAAUUUAUCCGAAUAUCAAAAAUUAAAGGAAGAAAACGAAGAAAUAAAAGUUGAGUUGGAAUUGUAUAAAAAUAAAAUAGAAAAAUGUAACAGCGAAAUUAUAAAAACUAAUAAAGCUAAAGAAAAAUUAGAAAAUGAAGUGAGCCGCCUUAAUAAAGAAUUAGAAAAACUUUUAGCCAACAAAUCUAAAUAUCAAAAUGGAAACGAAGCCAACAAUUUAGAAUUAGAGAAAAAGAAUGCGGAAUUGUGCAAAAUGCAUGAAAAAAUUGAAAAAAUUUUGUACGAAAAAAAACUCGCAGAAGAAGAGAAGGAUGUUAUUAAACUCGAGCUGCAGCAGGCUACUAGAAUGCUGGAUCAGCUACAAGAAAAGGUUAGACUUUACGAAGAUAGUGGCAGAGGACAAGAUGAUUUAAGAAAAAUGCAAAAAGAAUUGUUUGCCACUCUUCAGGAAAGAGACAAAUUACAACAAGAAUUAGCUCAAGCAAUUCACGAACGUGAUAAAUUAGCAUCGGCCAAAAAACAGUCCGACAAAUUGGACCAACAAUUGGAAAAGAUGGACACCGAAAUACAACAGUUACAAAUGGAACGAGAUCAACUCAUCGUUCAACUAGAAAAAUCGCAAAGCAUGCUCAUGAACUUCCAACAAGAGCUUCAACAAUCCGAAGUCGAAUUGCAAAGAGAAAAAGAAGAAGUUAAAAAAUUGAGAGAAGAGCAAAGACGAUUUGCUCAAAGUAACGCUGAGAGAAGUGGAAAAGAAAUGAUCGAAGCAAAAGAAAGAGAAAUUGCAAAACUACAACAAAAAAUUCAACUUCACCAAAUGGAAAUCGAGAAAGAAAAACAGAAAACUCUCACGCUGGAGAAAAAUCUACAAGAGAGCAAUGCAAGAGCAGAUUUAGAAUUAGAACAGUGGAGAAGAGUUGUGGAAACGGAGCAAACGAGAGCAAACAAUGCGGAAAAAUUAGCGUUUGACAUGCAGAAAAAGGUGCAAGCAUUGGAAAAACAAUUAUCACAACAGCAGCAGCAACAGCAGCAACAAAUACAACAAUUACAACAGGCUCAAAAACAGCAGUGGAAUCAAGAUGUUAAUGCCAAUCAGGAAUUGAUUAAAUUACGAAAGGAAUUAGAAAUGGCUAAAGCGGAAAUAAAAAAUUCAUCUGUUGAAAGAGAAAGAUAUCAAUCACAAUUGGAAAUGCUUGUUCAAGAAUUAGAAAAAAAACAGAAAGAAAAAAAUGCAGAAAUGGCAUCACUUUCAUAUCAAUUAAAUGAAACAAAACAACAAUUAGACCAAGUUAGAAAUCAAGUUGAAGAUUUUAAAAAAGCAAUUAAAAAUAGAGAAAAACAAAUACAAGAAAAAGAUGCCAUUAUUAAAAAUAUGGAAAUUGAAUUUAAAAAGAAACAAGAAUAUUGGGAAAGUCAAAUGAAAAAAGAAAAUUAUGGUAAUUUUUCAGCGGAUUUGGAAAAUAUGCAAAAAGAAUUGGAAGAAGCUAAACAAAAUUCAAAAAGAGCUCAAGAAGAAAUUGAUCGUUUAUUAAAAGUUAUACAAAUGAGUCAAGAAGAGCAAAAUGCUAAAGAAAAACAAAUUCAAAAUCUUCAAACGUAA